UUGCAUAGAGGGCCCUGCUCCAGGCUGCCUAAGCUACGGAGUUGGAAAACAUGAAGGCGGCUCUUCUACUGCUUGUCUCCUUCGCAGCACUCCUGCAUCUCGUGGCGGGAUGGGGCAGCCAACGUUCAAAAAUGGUGUAUUAUGUCAAGCCAGGGGAGGAGACCCGUUUCUGGAGGGCUCCAGGCCAGCACGUCCCUCCACAGACUGGCAGAGCAAUUCUGGUUGCUGCAUACUUUGAUAUGAAUGGGAUAAAAGGUUCUGUAGCAUUCUAUCAAGAAAAGGAGCAUGAGCCAGUCACUAUAACACUAUCCCUAAGUGGCCUAAGCCAGUUUGGUGGGAAUGAAAGGUGGGGAUGGCACGUACACGAAUAUCCUAUAAACUGGGCACAUUUGGAGCGAAAUCCCUGCAAUACCGAACACAUUGGAGGACAUUAUGAUCCAGAGAAUAGAGCAAGUGAUCCAAAUUAUGCCCAACUUUGCAUGAACAAUGCAAGUCUCUGUGAAGUUGGAGACCUUGGCGGACGUCACGGCCACCUCAGAGGCAACCAAUCAGUCUAUACAUUUACGGACAAUACUUUAAACUUAUAUGGCCCUUAUUCUAUUGUUGGACGAUCUCUGAUAAUACAUCGUACAAAUGGUUUCCGCUAUGCGUGUACGAAUAUUGAGUACAAUGGUAUUUCAACCAUUCACACGUACAGAGCUGCUUUCCCAUGCAAUGUGAAAGAGCAGAGUCCAGUGUUUCAAGGAGAAGUGAUCAUGAGGCGUAGUGCACUCCGUCAUGGUGUCACUCUUGAAGCAAAUCUCUACCGGGUUGAUGGAGGGUCUAUAAACACUACGCAUAACUGGUAUCUUAAGAGCGAUGGAAACUUUAACGUUGACUGUAGCGUGUGUAAAAAUGACAAUGCUGAUCUAUUUGUAUUUGGUAAUAGGACUCAUGGUAGCAGUACCAAUCCGUUUGCUGGUUGUGGUGCAGCUACGAGAGCCCAGCACCUCAAGUGUCCUUAUGGUGACUUAACUAGGAAGUGCGGGCCACUUAGCUAUACAAAUGGCGACCAAAUCCAAGCAUUCUGUACCGACACACAGCUUGGAAUCUACCCGUAUGAAUCAGUCAAUGUUAAUACUAUACUAGUGAUAGAGGAUGAGGACGGGAACAAUCUUGCCUGCGCCAAGUUUGAGCCAGUUGUCCCGGUUGCAGCAAACAUUGAUAUCCGUAAUCGCAAUGUCUAUGUCGCUGGACGACUCUUCCAGUACGACCCACACGAUCCGACGUACGUACAAUUCUACAACACAAGAUUAGGGACGGCUUCACAUUUCCAGGUCCGAGCCCAUCCAGUUCCACCCGAUGGUUCCUGUACAGGGCUUGGACCAGUUUACGAGCCCCGGUUUAGAUUCACAAAUCUUCCCAGUUCUGUCUUGAUUAACCAGACAGGAGAUAGGGAUUUCCUGGGAGAGUUGCAGAACAAAAUCAUUGUCCCGAAUCAAAGCAUUCGCAAUUCUUAUUACCAGCGUACGUCUUACCUACCACUGUUUGGUGACUACAGUGUCAUUGGUCGCUCAUUCGUCGUCCUUGAUAACAAUGAGUUCGUGAUUGGGUGUGGUAACAUUACAGAUGCCGAUCCAAAUAGGGAUGAGAAUUUGAGAAGAUCUUUAGAAUUUUACCAUAAGCCAAGACCCUGGUACGAGUAAGGAUUGCUAGUAUUAUAACUUAAUUGCCUUUCUUAUUAAUUAAUUAAUUAAUUAUACAUUUUGACUGCACUGGUUCUCCUAUCUCUCCCUCUCUCUAUUACUGUGAGCAUAUUACAGCUUAUAAUUGCUUUGUAAUAAUUUUUUUCUUUUUUUCUAUUUUUGAAUAAAUGUA